GGACUUCCGGUUACGUCACGAAUUUGCCUCUAGGAAAGAGCCAUCGGUAGCGGGAUGAGCCGAAACGAGAGGCUGGGAGCGAUGGGAGUUUUGUUAUCACCGAAGCUAUACUGAAGAGUCGAUAUUACUUGACCGAAAGAGGUGGCCUUUUUUUUUUUUUUUUCUUCUUCUUCUUCUUUGAUUGGGACCCCACCCGUUUGGGCGACCGAAGCAGUCAUUGACAGUGAGGAGCUGUGUUUGGAUGAAGCCAUCGAGGUAAACACCUGUGGAACAAUGAGCAGAGCCAAACGUGACGGCAACUUCUCGGUCUUCGAGAUUGGGGAUUCUACUUUUACUGUACUCAAGCGCUACCAGAAUCUAAAACCUAUUGGAUCUGGGGCACAAGGGAUAGUAUGUGCUGCUUAUGAUGCUGUCUUAGAGAGACAUGUCGCCAUAAAAAAGUUGAGUCGGCCAUUCCAGAACCAGACGCAUGCUAAGCGGGCUUACCGAGAACUGGUGCUUAUGAAAUGCGUCAAUCAUAAGAAUAUAAUUGGACUCCUAAACGUCUUUACACCUCAGAGGUCUCUGGAAGAGUUCCAAGACUUGUACAUAGUGAUGGAGCUCAUGGAUGCCAAUUUGUGCCAAGUGAUACAGAUGGAGCUAGACCAUGAACGCAUGUCAUACCUUCUGUAUCAGAUGUUGUGUGGGAUCAAGCACCUACACUCUGCAGGGAUCAUACACAGAGAUUUAAAGCCUAGUAACAUUGUUGUUAAGUCAGACUGUACCCUGAAGAUUCUGGACUUUGGGCUUGCUCGGACAGCUGGAACAAGCUUCAUGAUGACCCCUUAUGUUGUGACUCGUUACUACAGAGCCCCUGAGGUCAUCUUGGGCAUGGGCUACAAAGAGAAUGUUGACAUUUGGUCAGUAGGUUGCAUCUUGGGAGAAAUGAUCAAAGGUGGUGUGCUAUUCCCUGGCACAGACCAUAUUGACCAAUGGAAUAAGGUAAUUGAGCAACUGGGAACGCCAUGCCCAGAAUUCAUGAAGAAGUUGCAGCCCACUGUUAGGACAUAUGUGGAAAACCGACCCAAAUAUGCAGGUUACAGCUUUGAAAAACUCUUUCCAGAUGUUCUCUUCCCUGCAGACUCCGAGCACAACAAACUAAAAGCCAGCCAAGCUAGAGACCUGUUGUCCAAAAUGCUAGUAAUAGACGCUUCCAAGAGAAUCUCUGUGGAUGAAGCUUUACUGCACCCUUAUAUCAAUGUUUGGUAUGACCCACUGGAGGCUGAAGGGCCUCCACCAAAGAUCCCAGACAAGCAAUUAGAUGAACGAGAGCACACCAUAGAGGAAUGGAAAGAGUUGAUAUACAAAGAAGUCCUGGAUUGGGAAGACAGAGCUCGGAAUGGAGUGAUCCGUGGGCAACCAGCACCUUUAGGUGCAGCAGUGACAGACGGAACCCAGCCUCACACCUCUUCCUCAUCGGCCGAUGCAUCCUCCACCUCGACGGACCCAACACUUCUGUCAGACACCGAAAGCAGCCUUGAAACCACAGCAGGCACCAUGGGAUGUUGUCGAUGACCCAGUUGAAGGGGAGGGGGGGUAGGGUUUACAGGUGGCAAGGGGGAAGAGGUAACGCACAGACCUCAAGUAUGAUUGAAUGGCGGGAUGCCACUUGUAUCACUAUAAAAGUGAAUCAACCAGCAGUAAGCUGUCAUUUGCACUGUGGUCAAAGAGGGAGGGGUCCGAAAGUUGAUUUAAACAUCAGUAACACUUUGAGAGCUGAAAAACCAUAACCAUGGAACCAUAAGUAUCCACAACACUCCCUACCAGGAUUAAUUUGGUUAAAAAGUGUAGCUUCAACGUUUUGUUUCUAGUGCUGUAUUUUAAGUGCUGGAGAGUUUGAAAAGCUGCCAUACAUAUGUAUUUUGUUUUCUAUUGUGUGUUAAAGGGGAGGGGCUUGGGGCCCCUACUUUCAGAAAAAGGUCACUUUGGUCCUGAUUGUCUUGAAUUUUUUUUUUGUCUUCUGUUGCCUUGCUGGUGCUGCUCAUCAGUUUAUACAUUCUAUCCUCCUAAAAUUUUACAGGUUUGUUCUGUAGUAUUAAAUUGUGUUUUGUGGGGGUUUUUUUAUCCUUUUUAAAUCAUCACUCCUCCUUUUACCCUCUUAUAGAUAUAGAGCUUCAUUUUAACUGAUUCACACUUAAUGAAACCGAAAACGGAGGGGACACAGAGCUUUGUAUUAAUGUUAAAUGUGUAAACAUGCCUGGCAGGUGUUGGUGCAUCCACUUUUGUUAAAUAACUGACUGAUACACAUUCAAACUCCUCAGAGUGCUGGCCGCUUUAUACCUUCCUUACAAAUUCAAACUUUGUUACUAGGGAGGCUAGCUUCACAUUGUAUCGCCCUAUGUUGCUAUCAAAGAUGGGGAUAAAUAGGCUGACACACAAAAAAAAAUUAUGUAAUGUGUUGCAUCCCAAAAUGCAAUAGGUUUUUACAAGAUAGAGGAAUUCCUUUCAGUCCUGACCAAACGAGGACAAAGCUGACUUUGGAAAGACAUGCUGUUCUGUUUUUUUUUUCUUCAGGUGGGCAGUACUCAAAGAUUGUGUUAAUCUUCUGGAAGAUAUUAAUGUGCUCUGCAUAUUUUGUGUAGCUUUGAGAAUGAAUUCACUGAAGAAUCCCUAAUCACUUUUACAGCACCAGACCCACACUCUGCAUUUCUUAAGAGUAGCUUGCCACAGAAUAGCUAUCUUCACCUUCUUAGACUGCUUUCCUCCACUUAGAUGUAUUGUAUUAAUGCUUGUCCUAUUCUGUUUUACAUUAGCAGUACAGAUCAAUCAUAGAGGGCUGAGUAUGUGCCGCCUAUGCCAGGGGCGUCCAACCUGCGGCCCUCCAGAUGUACUCCUGCAGGAGCUGGAGAGCUGCAGGCCUAUGCUAACUCUGCUUUUGUGGGAAAACACAGUUUUAAAAAAGUCAUAUUAAAUGAUCACAGGCUAUUAAUAAAAGAUCAAAGUUGGGGAAAAA